CACUCAUCUCCGUUGCAGUCCCAACUCCCGGAAAAACCUGAGUUUUUCCGAGACUCGUCAAGAAAGUUCAACUGACAUCGACACGAAACCCCGUUCAAAAAAAAAGCUCACGCGCAAAUGUCAACACUGUGAUCAUAGUGUCACACACUUUCCAUCCCUCAAUCCAUAAAUUCCCAUCCUAUCCCAUCCGGUGCGAGCUCCCGUAGAGGCUCGAUUUCCACUGUCAUGUCCAAAACUACAUUCGCAAUCAUCGCAGGAGUUUCUGCAGCCACAGGUGCCGGUAUAACCGCCGCCAUGUAUUCUACACGAUCUGAAAAGAAACUUCAAGCAGCAGCAAGCUCAACAGCAGUCACAGCAUCAUCUACUUCAGCGAACGCGGCAGUGCCCAUACCAGUCGGUCAAACCAUAAGCAAAGAUAUAAUAGCGCCCGUUGACCCCGCAGGUCUAUUUCAAUAUGGAUUCCCUGGUCCAGUCGCAGAUCUGGCAACUAGAAAUGCGUUAAUAUCUUCAUUCGACCGAAGACUUCGAAAUCCUUCUUGGGUUGCGGAACACAUAACGCCUGCAUCCCUCGCCGUCUCAAAUGGCGAUCGCAAACACUCCUACUUUGUCGAAGACCCCGCUGUCCCUGAAAAAUUCCGUGGUAAAUUAAAAGAUUAUCUACGCUCUGGCUACGAUCGCGGUCAUCAAGUCCCCGCCGCAGACGCAAAAUGGAGUCAAGAUGCCAUGAACGAUACUUUCUUCCUCACAAAUAUGUGCCCGCAAGUAGGAGAAGGAUUUAACCGCGAUUAUUGGGCGCAUUUUGAGGAUUUCUGCCGUCGACUCACGACUCGAUACCCGAGCGUUAGAAUUGUUACUGGACCUUUAUACUUACCGAAACGGGAUCCGGCGGAUGGGAAAUGGAGAGUGACUUAUGAGGUUAUUGGCAAUCCACCCAACAUCGCUGUGCCGACACAUUUCUACAAGGUUAUAUUUGCCGAAGAUGGUACUACGGCGGGUCCAGUUGCGGUUGGUGCAUUCGUGUUGCCUAACGCGCGGAUACCAAACGAGAAGCCGUUGACAGAUUUUGAGGUACCGGUUGAGAUGGUGGAGAGGGCUAGUGGGUUGGAGUUCAUGACGAAGUUGCCGCCUCAGAGGAGGAAGAGACUGUGUGAUGAUAUGAUGUGUGCGUUAGUCAUUAAGGACUACUCGGAUAGACAGAAGGCAUUUACGAAGGGUGGUGAGAGCAAACAAAUUCAAGCACCGACGAGGACGAGCCCCAGACACUCUUCUUGAUUCAUCACGUUUGGAAUUGCUUUUUGCAUGUAAUGGACGAGGUUUUGCAGCAUAUAUUUAUAGCAUUAUCGGCGGGUAUUCUUAAUGGGGUUGCAUCUUGACAUGGCGUUCUCCUGCAUUUUCUACAUUGAUUGCGAUUUAUAUACCAUAGCAUUAGUGCUCUUCAAUCA